UAACAAUCUGUUCUGCCCACAAACAUUCAUUCUAUUACUGUCUUUCAUUUUCCCUUCUUUUUGUCUUCUUCUCUCCAAACUCUUUACCCUUCAACUUUCUAUCUGUUCUGUUCUGUUGUGUUGAGGUGCGUCUUCUGUGCAUCCCCGGCCCGGCAGCAGACGACGCCACGACUUGCUGAAACCUUCUUUGGUGUGGCGUGGCGGCUUACAGCGGGAAUAUGGAGGUGUGCAUGCUUAGUGUGCACAGUUACUAGCAAUGUAUGUAUCGCAAUGUUGUAUAUGCAGUAAAAAAUAUUGUGUGCAGAGAAAAGUAAGCAAAUAUGAAGUAUUACACGUAUAUUUGGUCCUUAAAUAGUGAUGGCCAUGACUGACCGGGAAAGAAGCUCAUUUUGGCGUUAUGGCGUAUUGAGAUAUUGUUAGUGUGUAAAUAGAUGGAAAAUUUAAUGUUUCAUAUACCUUGCUACUGAAAGUGCAGUAAACAUAGCGAGUUAUGCUAUAAUGGACAUGUAUCCGGUCCUCAACACAACGUACUCUGGAUGGUGGCCCAGACAGAAUCCAGUACACCUGCAGAGCAAAGGAAGGAGGACCAGUUCAGGUGAAAGUGGUCAUAUUCACCAGGGAGCAGAAAAGGAAAGUAUUUCAGGAUGUUCAUGACUCCAGUAGAGGAGGAGUUCACAUGGGCAUCACUAAGACUAUUGCCAAAACUACAGAGAGAUUUUAUUGCAUAGGCAUUAAGAAAGAUGUAGUGAAUUGGACAGGUGAGUGUGACUGACGUCAGAGAUCUGAAAAGAUGAAAACUGUAGCACCAGUCCUGAAUCCUAUUAAGAGUGAAGGCCCUUGGCAGAUGGUUGAUGUAGAUUUGAUGGGGCCCUAAAAGAAACUCAGUCUGGCAACAAGGACAUCCUUACUUUAACAGACUUACACUCCAGAUUUAUAGAGGCAUUUCCACUGCCUUCAAAAUCUGCUGAUCUGGUAUGUGAUGUAUUGCAGAGUAUUUUCCACUGUUCUGGUCCCCCAGAGAAAACCUUAACUGAUCAGGGAAAGGAAUUCUGUAAUACAUUAAAUGACACUCUUUUCCAUUGUCCAAGUGAAGCACCUUGUAACACUUGCUUGCCACCCCCAAACUAAUGGCCAGGAUGAGAGGACCAACCAGACGCUGAAGGGCUCUUUAAUUAAAUUGGUAAAUGAGAAUCAGAAUGACUGGGACAAACACUCGGAGGCUGCUCUGUUUGGUAUAUGAACAUCAAUGCAAGCUUCAAUAAAGUGUUCUCCCUCUUUCUUGAAGUUUGGUAGACAGCCAACACUGUUGAACUGCACCAAAAUGAUCUUCAUGAAAAAGUUGAUAUUUUAGAAUUCCCAAAUUUGAGCCCCUCAGAUGAGUCAGUGGAAUCAAGAAAGAGUCGCUUGACAGCCAUAAAAGAAAAAGUUGCCAGUCAUGUUGCUAAAGCACAAGCUGAACAAAAUAAAUAAUAUGAAAUGAGGAAAGCUAAAGGACAUAAGUCAUUUGACUUUAAGAUUGGAAUGAAAGUUGUUGUAAAGAAUAAUAAAAAGCAAGGAAGGAAAGGUUCCUGGCUUGAGGAGGACUGACUUGGGCCUUAUGACACACCCAGCAUCUUAGAUAACUUUGUACAAAUCACCACAAAUGGAAAACUCCUUCAAAAUAAAACUGCAUUAAUUCACAUUAAACUUUAUAAAUCCCUCAGUAGGUACUGCACAGGAGCAUGCACAACUUUGUGGCCAAAUGCUGCUGCCAUCAGCUGCAGGGAGUGCUUCUGCUGUCUCUGUCUUUCCAGAAUUCAUGGCAUCUGGGGAGGAGCCUGGAGAGGACAUUCCCCCAGCCACAGACCAUGCUGGUGUGAGGCAGCAGCCUGAGGUGCUCCUUUGUGAAGGGUCACACCAUAUCACUCCCCUUGAUGUGCUCCUUUGUGAAGGGUCACACCAUACCACUCCCCUUGAUGUGCUCCUUUGUGAAGGGUCACACCAUAUCACUCCCCUUGAUGUGCUCCUUUGUGAAGGGUCACACCAUAUCACUCCCCUUGAUGUGCUCCUUUGUGAAGGGUCGCACCAUAUCACUCCCCUUGAUGUGCUCCUUUGUGAAGGGUCACACCAUAUCACUCCCCUUGAUGUGCUCCUUUGUGAAGGGUCACACCAUAUCACUCCCCUUGAUGUGCUCCUUUGUGAAGGGUCACACCAUACCACUCCCCUUGAUGUGCUCCUUUGUGAAGGGUCACACCAUAUCACUCCCCUUGAUGUGCUCCUUUGUGAAGGGUCACACCAUAUCACUCCCCUUGAUGUGCUCCUUUGUGAAGGGUCGCACCAUAUCACUCCCCUUGAUGUGCUCCUUUGUGAAGGGUCGCACCAUAUCACUCCCCUGCCUCUCACCACUGUCAGUAAGGAAUGCAUUUCAGAUAUUGUAAAAGUCCCCAGAAUCCUCAGCAUAUGGGGAGAAGCCUGGAGAGGACACUUCCCCAGCCACAGACCAUGCUGGUGUGAGGCAGCAGCCUGAAGUGCUCCUUUGUGAAGGGUCACAGCAUAUCACUCCCCUGCCUCUCACCACUGUUGGGAAGGAAUGCAUUUCGGGCGUCCCCAACCCCUCCUGCCCUGAGUGAAGACACCCCCAGACAAAACCUCUAAGGGGGCCAAGGGGAAGGGAGCAGCCCAGGCCCUUUCCAAUGCUGAGAGAGAUGCAGCCAGCAAGGAGGCAAGCGGCUCAUCUGUCAGUGUGCGCCUACCAUACCCACAGCCACACCAACGGAGGGCCAACGACACCCAAGUCUAGCCGCAGGAACAAAUGUAGUGUGGUGACAAGUAGUGAGGUCACCACUGAAUCUGACACACCUGCUGAGCCUGACCUGGUGUCUUUCUGUGCUACCCUGGGCAACAACCGAGCCCUGCGAGUCCCUGCCCUCUUCAAGCCAGACAGGGACUACCAGACUGUGGCUGACAUGGUGGGUGGCAGUCACUCCAUUACAGAGUCAACUACUAGUCACGAGGAAAGUUUGGACGAGGCCAGAAGUGCGUCAUCCCACCGCAGGUCACGGGGACAGGAACUGCAGGCCAGGCAGGGUCACCGUCCCUCCCACGGCGACCCGGAUUAUAGCUAUGCUCACCCUGUGAAGAAGCAGUACCUUCCCCCACCCCUCCACUGUCCUCCACUGACAGCAACAGGUGUAUGAGUUAGUGAUAGUGAGGUCACUGACAGACAGACUCGCCAAAUUGUUCAUUAGUAAAAGUUCCAUGGCCACUAAGUUUGUAAUCUGCUUCUGUGUUUGUAUCUUUCCAGCCUUUUUAUUCAUUGAUGUACACUUUUGCCUUUCACUGCUUCCUCCUGUAAUCCAUUCUAUAUCUUUAUAUAUUUACAUGGAAAGAUAUGUUUGCAUUAUUUGGACAUUCUCUCUCUCUCUCUCUCUCUCUCUCUCUCUCUCUCUCUCUCUCUCUCUCUCUCUCUCUCUCUCUCUCUCUCUCUCUCUCUCUCUCUCUCUCUCUCUCUCUAAUAUUGAGGUUCAUCUCUUGUCCAUAACAAAAGGGCAUUUCUGUCUGGUUCCUCAGGUUGGUUGACUAACCCUAAAGCUGCAGGGGUUUUCACACAUUUCUCCAUUCCAUAUGUCUCUACUCCUUUGUGGAAAGAUGUGUGUUAUUUAGGAAGCUCUCUUCUGUCCAAGUUUCUUUUCAUCUUUAUCAUCAUGUGUCAAGUCAUCCAGUUCUGGCACUAUCUUAGUGGUUGUUCUUUGUAUUCUUUCCAAUCUCUACAUGAAACAUCACCGAAUUAAUUAAGCUUAGCAGAAAUUAUGUGAUGUGCCCUACUGAUGCUGGUGUGAAGGCGAAGUGUUUGUAGUGAGCCGUGUGAUGCCUUCCCCAGUGCUGAAUAUGGAGAGAGCAGCCAGGCGACACCAUACACUGGAGUUUUCUGAGGAGGAGUGCGACCACCCCUCCAUCAAGCAAGCAGGAGUGGAGCCUCUGGAGCAGCUGAUGGCUGACCUGGAGCUGGAGAAGAUUGUUCAGGAUGCCAGCAAGACAGCUCUUUGACACUUCCAGUAGUGGUAGAAGCCUCCCCUCUCCACCCUCACUCCUCUGCCACUGCUGACCACAACACUGAGGCUGUAUUCUUCAGGACCUGAUUGUUGCUUGGACUUGAGGCUUCCCUGCUUGGGACUGGCAGUUCUGCAAAUGCUGUUAGUGACAGCAUCCGUAGGACAACAGUGUAGGUGGUGUCCUCUGGAGGUCCUUCACCUGCAUGGAGCUAAGUCCACCUGUUGCAAUACUUGAAUGCGUAAGUACUCAUCUUGAAGAUUUUAAUCACUGCAGUGGUCACCAUCUCAGACCUGACUGCCACAGGUACUUACUGUACACACUGCUAUCUAUAAUCCAGUGCUUAGCAGGUUCUUGGUUAUGGUUAUCAACUAUCUGGGUAAAUUUUACACAGCAUCAACCUUAAAUUACAACAUGUACACAACAGCAAACUUUGGAGGGGUUUUAAGCAUUGCUACCAUCAGUCCAACCUACCUGACCAACCUAACAACCUACCCUAACCUAAUUCUCCCUCAACAAUGUAGAACAUUUAUUUAACCUCAACAGUGUAGAACAUAUUUAAAAUAAUAUUUUUUUCUAGAAGUUUGGGUCCCAAAGGGUGAGCAGAAAGAAACAAUUUUUAUCUCCCAUUAUGCAACAAAGUCAUUUAGGGAAUUUGGUCAUAUUACUUAAAGCAGUGUCCAAAACAUUAGUUAACUAAAUUCCAUAUGCAGUUUACAGUUUGGUCAAGAUAAAAUAAUAAGCAAAUAUGCUGCUAAUGGGCAAAUUUUUACUCUCUCCAGUUUUCUAAUGUGGAUGAAACUAUUUAUUUCUCGUAUUUUUUUGCCUGUUUUGAAUCAAUAUGGUUCUUGUUUUUAUGGAAAUCAUGAGCCACUACUUUUUACUCCCUGACCCACCAUCCCCUCAGAAACUAAUUAUUUGCAGUAAACAAAAGCAGUUAAUACAAAACAGACUGAUAUGUACAAGAAAAAGGUAGAUUGGCCCUCACAAAUAAGCAGCCACUCACUGUGGCCACCAGCCAGCUGUCAUACACCACCACCUAAUCCAACCAAGUUAACCAAACUAACCUAUGUAAUCUAACAGAACGAAAUAACAUAACCUAACCAAACAAACCUAAACUAACUUGCCUCCCAAAAAUAGAUGUUUAAAAAUUGCCAUCAGCAUUAUAAAUAAUUUGCAGUGGGUAAAUAUGGGUUUAAAUUACUCAAUGACAAUCUCUAUCUGAUGAGAAAAGUAAGAAAAGCCAUGUUGAGACUGGUGAAAGAGUGAAAGAAUUCCCUACUGUGUGGCCUGGAACCAUAAGCCAUAACUUCACUCACUGGCAGGAGCACUCACACCUGUUUGGUUAUAUCACAGCAAUUCCAUCCCUAUAGCUCUCUAGGCCCCUGAUGUGUCAACCACACCAUGCUAGGUUCGCAACUAUGCUAACAAGAGUGUGAUAGGCAAAGCUGAUGAACUCACUAGUGCCUGUAGCAUGAUGAUGUUCUGCAGCAGCCUUGCUCUUCACGUGGCUCCGUAGGUCCUUAAACUUCCUCAGAGCUACCCACUCGGCUGACUGCGUUCACACGAGCAGCCACCUCCUCCCAAGUCUUGUUCUUUUUUGUGGUGAUUCUAUUGUCCAGCCUUUCCAGAAUCACUGCAGCCUGAUUUUACACCUCCUCCACCAAGGCUAAGGUCUCGGUGUCAGUGAACCAAGGUCUUAUUUUCUUAGGAGGUUUGCUGGCCAUGACUGGAAUACUAUGAUUGGUGGCUGUGGGCACAUAACAGUUUGUAAACAAUGUCUCAUGGCAUUCUUGGUGAUAACACAAAGCCUUCCUGUGAUUGGCUGCCUUGUGUGUUACAUUGAAUCAGUGACAUAUCGCCUCCAGCAGCCAAUGAGCACUCUUAGAUGCAUCCUGAUGCUUCCUCCUCUGGGCAGCAAUGACUGCUGCCACUGCUGCUGCUUGAUCAAGGAGUGAGGAUCCACACUUCCAGAUUCUAACAAUGCAACACCAGACAUCCCUGUAAAGGAUUGACAUUGAUGAUUGACAAAUUUAAAACCCUUUGAGGGAAUGAAAUGCAAUAAAACUCAAGUGAAGACA